GCCCCGGAGCCGGGCAGUGGCGGGCCGCACGGGGGCGAUGCCGCCGGCCGGGCGGCUCGGGGUCGCCGCGGCGCUCUGGCUGCUGCUGGCGGCGCGGACGGCGACGGCCAUCGAGCCCAUCAGCGUGGGCCUGGCCAUCGGGGUGGCGUCGCUCACCGGCGUCCUGCUCAACCGGGAUCUGUACUGCCGCUUCGCCGAGUGCUGCCGGGAGGAGCGGCCGCUCAACGCGUCGGCGCUCAAGCAGGACUUGGAGGAGAAGCUGUUCGGGCAGCACCUGGCCACGGAGGUGAUCCUCAAGGCGCUGACCGGCUUCAAGAACAACAAGAACCCCAAGAAGCCACUGACUCUGUCCUUGCACGGCUGGGCCGGCACCGGCAAGAAUUAUGUCAGCCAGAUCGUGGCCGAAAACCUUCACCCCAAAGGCCUCAAGAGUCGCUUCGUCCACCUGUUUUUGCCCACUCUGCAUUUCCCUCAUGAGCAACAGAUAAAACUGUACCAGGAGCAGCUGCAGAAGUGGAUCCGUGGCAACGUGAGCGCCUGUGCCAGCUCCGUGUUCAUCUUCGACGAGAUGGACAAGCUGCACCCCGGGGUGAUCGACGCCAUCAAGCCCUUCCUGGACUACUACGAGCUGGUGGACGGCGUGUCCUACCGGAAGGCCAUCUUCAUCUUCCUCAGCAACGCGGGGGGUGACCUCAUCACCAAGGCCUCCCUGGACCACUGGCGGGCGGGCAGGAAGCGAGAGGACAUCCAGCUCAAGGACCUGGAAGCCGCGCUGUCUGUCGGGGCCUUCAACAAUAAGCACAGUGGGCUGUGGCGCAGUGGCCUCAUCGACCGCAACCUCAUCGACUACUUCAUCCCCUUCCUGCCCCUGGAGUACCGGCACGUGAAGAUGUGCGUGAGGGCCGAGAUGCGGGCCCGCGGCGUCGCUGUGGACGAGGCCGUCGUCACGCAGGUGGCCGACGAAAUGACCUUUUUCCCCAGAGAAGAGAAAAUCUACUCGGACAAGGGCUGCAAGACGGUCCAGGCGCGGCUGGAUUUCCACUAGCAACUCCUGGCCACCGCCUGACGCACUCUGCAGUCUGGGGUUGCGCGUUUGCACCGGGGGCCGGAAGCUGCCCGUUAUUUCCCAAGCUGGGGCGUGCCCGACUCCGUUCCAAGUGCCUUGCACAUGCGGGGGGAGGGGGCCCAGCACCGAGCCCGACCCCCAGCGUGGGACUCCAGGCCCUGCAGCCAUCUGGGCGUUUGAGACUCAAAGCUCUGCGAGGAGCGCGCGGUGAUGAGAAGGAUCUCAGCCCAGAUUGGCCGCCCUUGCCCAGAUGGGGGGCACAGGGGGGUGGCCACCCCGGGGGCUGUCACAGCCCAACCUCUGCCUGCCGUCCAGUGGCGCUCUGCUCACAGGACCAGAGCCAGCCCCUCUGCGCCCACAUUUCCUCUGGAACUUGACAGUCACUACGAGGGGUCCCCAGCCAGGCGGGGCCCUGCCCUCCGCUCCGGGCAGCCGAGGGCCUGGCCCCCAGGGGGCUGC